GACUUUCUACCUCCUCGCCCGCGACGAAAAAGAAGAAGUUGAUGUCAGAGUCAGAAUUAGUGGGGUCACUCAUGGAGAAAAAACGACAAGAAGAUGCGGCGAAUGUGCUCGAUAUAUUGCAGAUCGCGGGUAUCGCCACCACAGGCACGACUGGUGCUGAUCCUUCAUCUACCUCUACCGGACCACAAAAGAACUUCGCUGGUGGCUCAUCUGUCGUAGAUCGAAACAAUACCACUUCAUCUUCAUCCUCCGCGACGAGUGACCAACAUCAUCAUGCUGCGCACGAUGGAACAGCUGCUGGAGGUCCAGCUGCAACCUCUAAAUCGAACAUAGGAACAUCAGCACUACUAGGACCAGCAGGAGUUGUAGGUCACACUUGUUCCGAUGAACAACAUAUGGUCGUGCCCACUGGAGGCGUCACUGUAAACUAUGCGACAGCUGCAUCCUCGAUUACAGCACCUACAAUGAGUUUGGUGUCAAAAUUGACGGAGGAACAGAAGGCGCACGCGAAAGGAAAAGGAAGCGGAAAGAAUGUUCAUCAGAAGACGAGGAACAAUCAUUGGGCGAGUUCUUGGAAUUAUGAUGAAAAUAAGAUACAGCAUGAUCAUGAGGCUGAAAAUACAAUACAAGAGCAUCAACAUGUUUGUCAACAAGACGCUCAAGAAGAGGAGCAUAGCUGCGGUACUAACAGUAACAGGGGCAACAAAAGUGGUCCUCGUGCGCACGAUGCCCAAGAGAGAUUACUACUAGAUUCAACAUCUUCAACGUCGUCUUCCACUCCUGGAGCGAUUAGCAGCACCAAUCGCGUCGAGGUGCACCGAGGCCAGCGGAUUUUGAUUGUCAGCCCUUCCGAAGAAAGUAACGAUAUAAACGCUAUGAAACGACGUCGAACUGAUCUGCGAAAGCGCGGCCGUGACGACGCAGCAAGGGUGAAAGACAAAAAUGGUCAGCAGCUACGUCCUGGCGGAGAAAUUAGGAUCAUGCCCGCAAAGAAACGACGGGCCGCGGUGUUGGGUGCUGUUGAGGGAGUGAAAAAUGUAGUUGUUGAAGGUGAAGAUGAUGGUGGUGCAACAACAGAACAGUCUUCCCCGAGUGACGAAGAGAUGGCACCACGACCUCCAGAGAAAUUGUUCCAGCAUUUUGCAGCUCCUCGUCAGAAACAGGCAGCUGCUGCCAAAAGAGCUGCGUCGAGUGCGAUCACACCUUCUUCAGCUAAAAACAAUGGGCAAUUCGCCACAGCAAGUAGUGCAGGACUUGCCCUUGUACCAGCUGCAGGGGGCUCUUCUUUUUCGGCCUCUAGCGGCACAUCAGUGAAGGGAAAUAUAGACCCAACGCGGCCCCCGGCUCUAAACAACUUCUACACCAACCAGAAUAAAGACCAAGUCGUGGAGAAAUUCGCGAACAGUGGGAAUCUCCCACCUUUGCUGCAAAUUGCGCAGUUGGAGAAGAUGGCCUAUCUCACCCACUUGUUGCGUGUUCUCCUAGUAGACCACCCGGUUGCACUGUCCUCCGCAGAGGAGCUCCAAGAAGCACAUCCUGUACUUGUGCACGCACGUGCCGAGAUGUCCUGCUGGCGGAACAAACACCUCGCUGACAUCUGCAGUUACUACCCAGAGCUUUUUGUCUCAGUGUCUGUUCCACUGUUGCGAAAGGAGGACUCAGCUUCUUGUACUACUGUAAAAGUUGAAAACGAGAUUGUUGGUUCAAAGAUCCGGCUUAUUGGCCUGUCGGAAAAAUGCCGCGCGGCUUUUAGAGCGGCCUGGGAGAACGAGGACGAGCAUCGUAACAGAAGCGGAUGCGAUAUGAAUAAGAGUACAUCAGACAAGGAUGACAAGGAAAGCGAGAGGAUCAAGAAAAGGGAUCAACUACAAACCAAUAGUUCUUGUACUGCAGCUACUUGCAGCGAAGAUGAUGUGCAGCUACUGGUCUAUGGCGACAUCAUGAAUGAUGAAAAGCCUAAGACGAAGAACGAGUCGACGACGUCCUCUGGCUUUGGCCCACAAGAAUCCACUAAUGUUUCUAUUGUUGACCAGAGCUCUCCUGCCUUGUCUGGUGCACCUCCAGAGAGCAAAUUGACUGAUUUGGAGCUUUUUUACCGGUUUGAAGGUCCCAUUCGCGCCAAACAUGUCACAUCUGAUGGAGUCCAGCUACUAGCGUCUCUAGUCGAUAGUGCAGCGGCUCGGCUGCUCCGUGAGGCCGAUGAUCGUCUUUCAGAGCGAUUAGCCGGAAGUUUGCGCCGUUCUGUGGCACUAGAAGAUAGUGCAAGUCUAUCGUCUGAAGAUGCGGCUUCAUCUACUUAUGAGAAGCAAGAAGUGCGCACGCAGAGUCGGGUGCUGAAGUGGGCAAAGGCGAAUGCCUUAUCAACAGGGCAAGGGCGAGGAGGAAAUGUUGGUGUUGCUAAAUGUUUACAUCAAGUCGUGGAAAGAAC